AUGGCCAAACUAUACCCAUGCAUUCUCUUCCACGUAUCCCUCCUGUCCACACUCACCAACGCCUGCACCCGCGUGAGCUACACCAGCGGACCAGAGGACGGACACCGAGUCAUCAUCGGACGCACACUAGACUGGAACCUCCCCCCGCUGUCAUCGCUGUACGCAUUCCCGGCGGGACUGCAGCGCAACGGCAGCGCCGGGGAGAACUCUCUCAAAUGGACGAGCAAGUACGGGUCGGUUAUCGCGACGAUGAACGACGUGCUGACCUUCGACGGCAUGAACACCGAGGGCCUGCAUGGCGGCCUGCUGUACCUGACGGGUACCGACUUCGGAGACCACAACACCUCGCGGCCUGGCCUGUCCAUCAGCUUCUGGGUGCAGUACUUCCUGGACAACUAUGCCUCCGUGGCGGAUGUGCGGGCAGACCUGUUCACUCCGUCCGGCGAGGACCGCUUCCAGGUCCGGACGCGCGAGAUCAUCCCCGGCAUGGCGUCCGUGGUGCAUCUGGUUUUGGGCGACGCGACCGGCGACAAUCUCAUCAUGGAGUAUCUCCAAGGCAAGCUCCACUUCUACCAGUCACCCGACUACCGGGUCGUCACGAAUGAGCCGACCUAUGACCAGCAACUGGCCAUUCAGCAGUACUGGCAGAACAAGACCGAUUUUACUCUGCCGGGGACAGCGGGCCCAGUCGAUCGGUUCGCGAGAAUGGCUGAUAAUCUGCGGCGCGCACCCGUUGCCACGACCAUGGUAGAGGCCGUGCGAGUCGUCCAAUGCCUUCUGCGCAGUAUCAGCGUCACGCUGCGGCCGCAGACGGCGAAUGUCGCCAACGCAGCAACGCUUUGGCGGGCCUUGGCGGACACGAAAGAUAAGAGAUAUUUCUACGAAAGUGUGACGGAUGGUGUAUCUCUCUGGGUGAAUGUUUCGACUGUGGAGCUGGGCAAAAAUGGCACUACCAAAAGGCUGUCCUUGGCUCCAGGGGACUCGGGACUCUAUGGCAGAUACGGGGACGCAACAAAUGACUUCACUAAAGCUGAGCCAUAUACUCCGAUACUCGCAAAUUCAGAAACUGGAGACGGUUUUGGCGGUGUAGGUCAGGUAUCUAUUCCAGGACUGACCAACACAACUGCAGGCAGCUAG